AUGGCGGCAUACGAACUUUAUAAUUAUGACCCUUCAACAACCGCAGCAGUCGCAUUUGCGGUGAUGUUUGCCCUUUCCACAAUGGGCCACCUCUGGCAGACCGGCUGCAAUAGAAGUUGGUUCUUCACAUCUUUCGUUAUAGGUGGAUGCUUUGAGCUCGUUGGCUAUAUAGCCCGAUACAUCAGUGCCAAACAAAGCCCCAACUGGACGACCAUGCCCUACGUUAUUCAAGAGCUUCUCCUACUGGUAGCACCAUCGCUCUUUGCUGCUUCAAUCUAUAUGGUCCUUGGACGUAUCAUUCGACUAUUAAAUGGCGAUUCGAACUCGCCAAUUAGACCAUCCUGGUUGACCAAAAUCUUCGUGGCGGGCGAUGUUAUUUCUUUCUUCAUGCAGAGUGGCGGCGGUGGUAUUCUUGCGACUGCAAAAUCAGAUUCAAGCAUGAACAUGGGUAACAACGUGAUUAUUGGAGGUCUCAUCGUCCAAGUCAUCUCUUUCAGUGUCUUCAUUGUAGUUUCCGUCAUCUUCCAUCGCCGCAUGCUGAACUCUCCGAUGCAUAUGAUGGUGAAGACUCAAAUCCCGUGGUCGCGCUACAUGAUGAUUCUCUAUACUGGCAGUGCCCUUAUUCUGGUCCGAUCUGCGUAUCGAGUUGCGGAGUACGUGCAAGGAAGUACUGGAUAUCUUCAGAGCAAAGAAGCAUUUGUUUACAUCUUUGAUGCAACCUUGAUGCUUCUGUGCUGUAUUCUUUUCAAUAUGUUUCAUCCGAGCAAGCUUCUCUCGAAGAAGCCUCAGAGCUACGAGGAAGACUUGGAAAUGAUGAAUGAGUCGGGAUAUAGAAACUUGUAA